AUGAUUGAUGACAGUGUUUCGACCGCUGCUGCGAAUUCCCUGAAAAAAGAAGAUUCUAGCGUGAAAUUGUUCUCUGCUGAAAUUAACAACACGCACACAGAAUUCGCCAUCAAUUCUUACACCGACCGAUUUUUCAUCAUAAUCACACAGACUGGAAACAUUGGCACCCUGGUCAGCGUAGAAAAGGACACUGCCAAGGUUGAGAAGGAAACUGCUGAAGUCUACUCCAUAAGGGUCCUUCUGGGCAAGGACGACGAGGACGUCCACAUUGCCGCUCGUUUCCUGGCAGGCCAGCUGAACUUGCCAAAGCCAAUUCUUUUCUCCUUUUGCAUCAAGGAUCUUGGUCUUGUUGCUUUGAAAAAUAUUCUCCAGAAACUGAAGGAACACCUGCAGUAA